CGCCCCUGGCCGUUGCGCGCUUGCUCUGUCUGACCGUCCACUCGUUCCACUUUCGCCUUCAACAAACUUCAACGCCCUUCUUCUGCCCUGCCCCACGUUCCCGGCCCUGCCUCUGCUGCGUAUUACUCAAUCCCAAGCCUGGCGCUUGAACCCCCCGGCUGCGUCCGCCCGCCCACGGCGACACAAGGUCGCUUUUGACUUUUGAGCUCUUGACAUGAAGUUUCCAUCCGCCCUCGGCGCCCUCGGGGCCUCGAGUCUUCUGCUCGCUGGCGUCGGCGCCGUCGAGCUCGACAUCAACUCGCCAGACUCCAUCAAGGCGGCUGCCAAGGCGCUCGCCCUCAACAUGCGGUCCUACUACACGGGUGACCGCCCAGGUGAUGUCGCCGGUAACCUUCCAGAUCCCUACUACUGGUGGGAAUGCGGUGCCAUGUUCAACGCCUUCAUUGACUACUGGUACUACACUGGCGACGAAACGUACAACGGCAUUACCACCCAGGCCCUGCAGCAUCAGAUGGGAGACGACGGCACCUUUAUGCCUUCGAACCAGUCCAGGACCCUCGGAAACGACGACCAGGCCUUUUGGGGAAUGGCUGCGCUGUCUGCUGCCGAGAACAAGCUGCCCGAUCUUCCUGAUGGCCAACCCUCCUGGCUGGAACUAGCCCAGGCCGUCUUCAACACCCAGUACAAGCGCUGGGACACGUCUACCUGCGGCGGAGGGUUGCGAUGGCAGAUUUAUACCUUCAACAACGGUUACAACUACAAAAACACCAUUUCCAACGGCUGCUUCUUCAACAUCGCCUCACGACUCUACAAGUACCUCGGAAACCAAACUUACGCCGACUGGGCUGAGAAGGUUUGGGAGUGGGAGCGUGCUAUUGGCCUCAUGAGCCCUGAUUACCAUUUCUACGACGGAACCGACGAUACCCAAAACUGCACCUCUAUCAACCAUAUUCAAUGGACCUACAAUGCUGGUAUAUACAUGUCGGGUGCUGCCGCCAUGUGGAAUGCGACUCAGAGCGACAUAUGGAAGACGCGUCUUCAGGGCGUCAUCAGUGGAAUCGGCGUCUUCUUCCAGGACAAUGUCAUGACUGAAGUAGCCUGCGAAAACAACGGCAAGUGCGAUGUUGACCAGCGUUCCUUCAAGGCCUAUCUCUCUCGCUUCAUGGCAUACACGGCUGCCGUUGCUCCUUGGACCCGCCCGCAGCUCGACCCCUUGCUCCAGGCUUCUGCCCAAGCUGCUGCCAAGCAGUGUAUCGGAGGUGUUAACCAGACGUCUUGCGGUCUUCGAUGGAUUGACGGCGGUGCCAACGAUGGAAGCUUUGGUGUUGGUGAAGAAAUGUCUGCAUUGGAGGUCAUCCAGUCAUUGCUGUACCCCACCAAGGAAGGCCCUGUCACAGAGAAGAAGGGCGGUAUCUCCAAGAGCAAUCCCAAUGCCGGAAACACUGCGAGCGACGCUCCCAUCGUCUUUGAUACCGUCACUACUGGAGACCGCGCUGGUGCUGGUAUUCUGACCGUGCUCGUCCUAGUUACUAUUCUUGUCGGUGCUUGGUGGAUGGUUUCGUAGAGCUCCAUACCCAUCUGCGUUUGUAUAUUAGCGAUGUGGUCGCUGCAUCAUGGUAAAGUACAUUUUUCCCCCGAGAUUAGUACAUGGUGUGUUUGGUUUUCGCCGUGCUAUUCUUUCUACAUGUCUUUUGGUGUUUUGGCGUGCGAGCCAGGUUCUGUAGUGUAUUCAUCCAUAUAAUAAACACCAUAUUGUUC